AUGAACGAAAAUGAAACGAAAAAAAGAAUUCGUAAUUGUGUUUUUAACGAUGAAUGGUUAAAAGAUCAAAUAUUUUCUGAUUGGAUCGCUAAACACAAUAACCCUAAUAAAGCACGAUGUAUAUUAUGUCAGACAGUUUUUAGUGUUAAGUAUGAUGGCGUUAAAGCUGUAAAAACACAUCAAGAAUCAAAAAAACAUGAAGAAUCCGUCAAUUCUAUAAAUAAAUCGUCCACUAUAAAAAAGUUUUUUCCUACAAAGAAUGAUAAAGAUGAAGACAAAAUAGCAGCCGUUGAACUGAGUAAGUGUUUUCAUGUAGUUAAACACCAUCAUAGCUAUCUUUCCAGCGAUUGUGGAGUAAAAUUAGAGUCGAAACAUUUCUCAGAUUCAACGAUAGCUAAUAAAGUCCACCUGGGUAGAACGAAAAUGGAAGCAAUGCAUUUGUUGAACGCGUUUUUAGCCACAUGA